AUGAAUCCAAUGCAAAUGGAUUCUUCGCGAGGUACCUCUAUGUGCCUCGACGAACCAGAAGAGGAAGAAGAGCCGGAAGAACAAGAAGAAGGAAUGCCAACACCAAAGCCAAAAGUCAAACUAUCAUUGUGCUUAGAUUUGGCGAAAAAUGAUUUGAGCAAUUAUAAACCGAAUAAUAUUGGAAAAGUGGCGAUAACUCCAGACAUUCCACCACGAAAUGAAACGCUGGAAGCAAAGAUUGCGCUCUGGAAUAAAGUGAUCGAAAUGAACGAAGACAAGCACAAAAAAUACAAUAAAAAACAAGACUCGUCCUUUGAAAGCAAGAAAAACUCACUUCAUAGAACUACGCCAUGGGGAGGUUGGAAUAAAAACGCAACGGCGAUCCGAAAUACAACUGGAAUCACCGUUGAAAACAACAAGGAGUACUUCGAGCUCGUUCAAAAACUGCAGCAAGCGCUUGAAAAAGAAAAAGCGGUAAAAGUAUCAAAAAGAUCGAUUGAAGACAAACUGACUUACGAAAGUGCCCACCCAACAUACUUCGAGCAGCGUGGUGGUAGAAAACAGCUCUUAGCAAAAUCAGUAGGAAUCGAAACUUUUGGUCCAUGGCCGCUCUUUCUUCCGCCGAGAGAUCUGAAAGCAGGACAACAAGCUCGAAUCUUCUUUGCUCCUCAGAGCUCAUCGAAAUUCGCAGCUUGGUCCAACUCGAAGUCUGGUCACGCGGUACUGGUCAUUACUCUUCUUCUCAACGCUGCUCUCGGAUUCAAUGCAUUUAGACUCAGACGAAAACAACAUGCGAAAUUACUUGCCUAA